UCAAGGCUCCUUUCAUGCUCUUCUCAUCUCAGAUUCUCAUCAACUCUGAAGGCAUCAUUGAGACAGAUCAGUGGAUACAGUUCUCUAGUGAGAGAUAUUGAGGCUCUAAAGAAAGAGAAGUACUCCUCUGCCAACGAGAGCCAUGAAAAGUCCCUGCAAAAGUUGUGGGAUCUGAUGAUGCCAAACACCAAAUUGGAUCAACGCAUCACAAAGCAAUGGGGAGAACUCGGUUUCCAAGGCGAUGACCCAGCAACAGACUUCAGAGGGAUGGGAAUCCUUGGACUGGACAACUUAGUUUUUGCUGAGAACUACAAUGGAGAAGCAAGACAAACAAUGAUUCACUCACAGCAUCCUACGCUAUGGUACUCGUAUGCUAUAGUCGGUAUCAACUUGACCAGUCUGGUGUACGAUCUACUCAAAGAUGGACUGCUCAGGGAACAUUUCUACUAUACCAUUACAGGAGAACCAGCUAUAUACCAUUUUCAUAGGAUAUAUUGUCAAGUGUUCACUGAAUUUGAUCGCUUCUGGUUUGCUGAGAAACCUAAGAGCGUGAUGGAGUUUGGAAGUGUACGCGACAAAUUUGAGAAGAAGGUUGUUGGUUUGCUGAUGAAGAAUGAUAAUGCCAUUCUUCAUAACAAUUACACAGGCAUGUCAUGAUGCCAGGCUGGCAAUAACAAGUAUGGAGAUAAGUGAUAAGAUAUGCUUAGCAAUGAUAAGCAAUGACGGACAUGCCA